AUGUCCAGGUUAACGACCACUAUCUAUAAUCCAAAGACAUUGUCUGGUCUUGGCAAUCGAGUUGCCAUGUUGUCAACUUCAUUGACAAGUAGUCCAGUGCAACCACCAUACAACCAAAGUGGAUACCUCAACAACAUCAAAAACAACAACAACAUCAACUACUCCUACAACCGAUUGUCACAACCGAUCAAUGAUCACACAUCUAGUCAUUCAUUCACAACAGCAUCAUCAACUUCAUCAUCAUUAACAACAACUAGCAAGAAUGAUGGUGAUGAUUUCCCAGACAGACUUGACCCAAAGUGGGACCAUCUCAAAUCAUUGGAGAGUCUAAAGAAGUUGGCUGACCGUGAGGUUGAAUUUUGGCGGGUUACCAACAUUGAGUUACCAAUGUUCCCAAAGGAGUACUUGCCAAAGGGUAUUGAUCCAAGUGAUCUGAAGGAUUGUGUCCUCACCAAAGAUCGAUAUGAGAUCAUAGCCAAAUUCUGGAACAACAUCAAGAUGGGAGAGAAGGAUGUCAAAGCCGAUAUGACCUCGAUCAUGAAUGGAAUACCUGGCUCUGGCAAAUCGUUCACACUCUACCUUCUACUCUCCAUUGCCUAUGUGAAUGGUUGUUUCGUCUAUUUUAGGAGUGCAAAGGACUGGAUUAAAACAAGUGAAAAAGAUAGAUGUGGUCACUUUAUUGAUUCUUUGAUCAAGUUCAACUCUGGACUGGCCGCCGAGAUACCUGUGGUCACUCCUUGGAUCAAGAGAUUAGAGGGCAACCCAUCCAACCUCUUGGAGUUGCUCAAGGGAAAGGCUCCGACAUACAUAUCGAUAGACGUAAUAAUGAUCGAGCUUAAUCAUGUCACCAGUGUACCAAUCAUAUUGGCUAUCGAUGACUACGAAUCAAUGGAUAAAGUGGAGACUAAGAAAGACAACAUGAGACAUCUUGGAUAUGAUAUUGCAGGCAAUGGACGCUUGUUCGAUCACUUCAAGAUCAAACGAGUACCAGGUAAUCGAGUCAGUCUGUUGAUAUCUGGAUGCAAUGGGCGUCAACUGUCAGAUAGGUUGGCACACCUUUACACCUUCAUGGAGCCAUUCAAAGGAAAUCCCAGUACACUUUCCAGCCCAUUCUUUGUUUACGACUAUGAGACGUACUUAAAGUAUAGUAACCAGCUGGAAGCCACUUUGCAUACUGUCAGCGGGGGCAACCCUGGCGAACUGAAGCUGCUCCAGAAAUGGUCCGAGAGAUGUCCAGCCGCCAGCCCACAGGAGUAUGCAAUCCACAGGAAGGCAUACUAUCUUGACAUACUCAAUGAGUACUGGGUCGAUUUGAAGGGGGAUGACCUUGUCUACAGAAUUUAUGCAUUUCAGUUAUACACAUUCCUUCAUCGCUGCCUCAAUCCAGACUCAUUGAAGAACUUCCCCGUAACUGAAACACCAUCCUUUAUGGUCAAUCGAGGAUUGGUGGUUCAGGAUGACAAAGGCAACUAUGUCCCAUCAUGUCUCGCCGCGCGCCAUGCCAUGUACCACUUCUACUUCUUUGAUAUUCCCAUUAAGCACAAGUCCUACAGGAAGAUGUGA